CGCCGCUGUGUCACAGUAACAGUCUUUGAGCGGUCAGUCGACCCGGAGCCGCAGCGGAGGACAACAUGAGCAGAGUACUGGCGCUGUCCCUCCUCCUCCUCUUCGUCACCACGUCAGUCCGGAGUGGAUAUCUGGAAUUUGACCAAGAUGUCCUGAUCCCGGAGGACUGGACCGACGUGGGCCGGCUGGACCCGUCGGAGGAGCUGCAGCUGACCUUUGCCCUGAAGCAGCAGAACGUGGCGCUGCUGGAGGAGACGCUGAGGCUGGUGUCCGACCCCGACUCGCCUCAGUAUGGGAAACACCUGAGCCUGCAGGAGGUGGCGUCCCUGGUGCGUCCGUCCGAGCUGACGCAGAAGGCGGUGCGCGGGUGGCUGCAGAGUCACGGGAUCACGCGCUGCCUCGCCGUUCUCACGCAGGACUUCCUGCAGUGCAGCAUGACUGCAGCCGUCGCCGAGGCGCUGCUGCCAGGAAGCCGGUUCCACCGCUACGUCCGAGACGGCGUGUCCAGCGUGCGGUCCUCGGCCCCGUACCAGGUCCACGACGACCUCCACCAGCACCUGGACUUCGUGGGGGGGCUCCACCGCCUCCCCCCUAGAGGCCGGGACGCCGGCGGGUCGCGGCGGCGGAGCCUCGCCGCGGGGCUGCACCUGGGCGUGACCCCCGCCAUCCUGAGGGAGCGCUACAACAUGACGGAGGCCGACGUGGGCUCGGCCCAGAACAACAGCCAGGCCGUGGCGCAGUUCCUGGAGCAGUACUACCACCCCGCCGACCUGGCCGAGUUCAUGGGGAUGUUCGGCCGCGGCUUCCAGCACCAGUCCCAGGUGGCCCGCGUGGUGGGCACGCAGGGGGCGGGCAAGGCCGGCCUGGAGGCCAGUCUGGACGUGGAGUACAUCAUGAGCACCGGCGCCAACAUCUCCACCUGGUUCUUCACCAACCCAGGCCGCCACGAGUCCCAGGAGCCCUUCCUGCAGUGGAUGGUGCUGCUGAGCAACAUGUCCGACCUGCCCUGGGUUCACACCGUCAGCUACGGCGACGACGAGGACAGCCUCUCCGCCGCCUACAUGGCGCGCAUCAACGCCGAGUUCAUGAAGGCCGGCGUGCGCGGCAUCUCGCUGCUCUUCGCCUCAGGCGACAGCGGCGCCGGAUGCAAACACCAGGAUAAAGGACAGAACUGCUUCAGGCCCAGUUUCCCCGCCUCCAGCCCGUACGUGACGACGGUCGGCGGAACGUCGUUCAAGAACCCGUUCAAGAUGUCGUACGAAGUGACGGACUACAUCAGCGGCGGCGGCUUCAGCAACGUCUUCGAGAUGCCGGAAUACCAGGUCUCUGCGGUGAAGGCGUACCUGAAGAGCGUCACGGAGAGCCUCCCCCCCCAGUCCUACUUCAACACCAGCGGCCGGGCCUACCCCGACAUGGCCGCCCUGUCGGACAACUACUGGGUGGUCAGCAACCGCGUGCCCAUCCCCUGGGUGUCGGGGACGUCGGCGUCCACGCCGGUGGUGGGCGGCAUGCUGUCCCUGAUCAACGACCAGCGCCUGCUGCAGGGCCUGCCCCCGCUGGGCUUCCUCAACCCGCGGCUCUACCGGCUGCAGGGACAGGCUCUGUUCGACGUGACGGAAGGCUGCCACCUGAGCUGCCUGGACGAGCAGGUCCAGGGGAAGGGCUUCUGCGCGGCGCGGUCCUGGGACCCCGUGACGGGCUGGGGGACGCCGGACUACCCCGCCCUGCUCGCCGCCCUGCGCUCAGACUGAGACCGGAAUCUGUCCAGCUGUCCCGUCUCUGAGGCGUAGACGUGGUUUUAGGUCACGACAGUGACAGUCGGGGGUUUUUUUUGCACUUCCUUUCUGCUGUUCUGAUUCAGCAGGAUCAGAACCUCCUGCUUUAAUCCUCCUGGAGGGACGGGCCGAGCAGAACCCUCCUCCAGGCUUUAUGUUUAAUGAAGACAGUGUUGAACCUUCAUCCUGGAUGGAGACAUGAUGUUUUAUCUGUGUGCAGAGUGGAGGAAGAGUGUGUUGCUGAAUGUGUUUGAUUUUACUCGGCAGGGAUGAGCUCAGCUCAGUGUUUUUUAGUUGAAAAUAAAAUGUCUGCAUGCAAUUAGUUUUAAUAAUAAUUAUGCCACCGAGACGCAGCGGAACACUCCGCCUUUCUGCCGCUUGGUUUGGUCCGACCGGGAAUCAGACGUCAGCUGGAUUUGACGAGAGCCUGCAGUGUGUGUGUGUGUGCGUGUGAACUGAUUAAAGCUGCCUGUGUACGAGGA